CAGGUCUGUGGCGGACGCUGCCGAACGAGCUACGUCUAAUAAAACGAGCUGUGUCGCUCUGCUUCGAAUUAGAUCACUGUUUGUCAACUCCAGUAGUGUAUUCAAACGAAGGAGGUUGGAGUACAGUGGCUUUCGUUGUGGAGCGGUAGAGCCUUGUGUUGCAGCGGAAACCUACUUGGUGGAAGUAUCAAGGUACUCAACCGUUUGAGAAGACAUCAAGGCAUCUCCAGUGCCUGCGUCUACAGUUCCAAGUCUAAAGAGGAAGAAGGAGAACUACUUUGAACGUCAAGAUGAUUACGAGACUGCCUGCCGUCACAGCUGUGCUAGCUAUGUUCGUGGUGUGCUCAAUGGCCCAUGACCCAUGGAACACCGAUUACACAUCACAGAGAGGUCCGUUGUUCUGGGGACAACGACCAGAGUUCAAGAUGUGCGGUCUCGGUCGCGAGCAAUCACCCAUCAACAUCCGCAGGUCGUCCACCAUCUACCAGGAUUUCCCACCGCUCGCUUUCGAGCUGAAGAGCCCGAUUGUCCACUCCAACAUUGAGAACAAGGGCUCGGCGACGGCGGCCUUCCCCUUGUCUGAUAUUCCAAUUCUGUCCGGCGGUCCUCUGGGAAACAGGAAAUAUCGCGUGUACAACGUUCAUCUUCAUUUCGGCAACUAUUCAUUCCGUGCCGCGGAGCACGCUUUCGACGGUGUCCGCACAACUGGCGAGUUCCACAUCGUGACGUAUGACAGCCGGUACCCCCAUAUCAAGGCCGCACUGGGCUCAGGCAGGCGUGGAGCGCUCGCUGUACUGGGAGUUAUGUUCGAGGCUCGCAACGUCUCCAAUAUUGACAUGGGAGUUACGAAUCUCAUCGAGCUCUCCUCCAAUGUCACCUACAAAGGCGAUCACUACAUGACGGGUAUCGACUUCUCCAAUCUCGUAUCCGAGGUUGAUAUGGGAUAUUACUACGCCUACAACGGCUCCCUGACUACACCCACCUGCAACGAAGUUGUUCAGUGGAUGGUCAUCGAUCGCAUCCACUACGUUCUGCCGGAGACGGCUGAUCUAUUGCUGGAACUUAAAACUGGUUACAGACGCGAGCACUCAAUCCCCAUCUUCGGAAACACACGUCCUCUUCAGCCACUGUAUGGCCGAAAGGUUCUGAGGAGCUUCGGGCCCGUCGUCACUGAUGUCCACGAUCAGGGAGAGGAGAUCGUAUACAGCUCUUCUGAUCUUGUCGGUCCUCUCGGUCGUGUGAUGCUAUUGGCCCUGGCGGCCAUCGCUACAUUUGUCAUCAAGGCAUAACUCACAGAGCGUCCAAGUCUUCUUACCCGCCACUUUCAUCUCCAACUGAUCUCCUUUCCUGCUUCUCCUGCCCUGCCCCCUCUUCUCAUACCGAAUCUCCUGUAGUACAAUCGCUGGCCUGGUGACCACCACGUGACGUGACGGGGUGCGCAUGCUGUUGGCUCCUCUGUGGUCACACUGCACAAGACGUUGCUCAUACAGCUGGUAUCUGUACAAACGAAAUUUGGAUCUUUAUCCCCCUCUAUGCCUGCGCCUGUUCGCGAAUGUGGCAUAUUUCUGUUACAAAUAAUCAACAGAAUGACCUCCAGAAGUAUUAUAACAAAUUAUAAUAUGAUGCUACUAUCCCGCAUGGAAAGGUUGCCCUCUGCCCAUUCUGCAAACAGUGGAAAGCUGUUUCUCUAUUUAGAUUACAGAUUUAAACGUAACUCUCCAUAUGGACUAAACCUUUUUUUUGCUAUAAUAUCUCACAUUGGCGCUGUUCUGUACAAGCAAAUGAGAUUAUCUAUAACUAUAAACGGCGCACGUGCAGUGGCAAAUACGGUUUUAUGCAUAGAAAUUCCUGCCAGGACUCAAGUAUUGUAUAAGUCCUUGUUGAGGAUGCAUCUAUUAUCUAUUCUUAUUUUUAUUAUAAUAAUUGAGUACUGUCCUCAUUCUAACGCACAUAGUUUUUUGUCAAGACUAACUCUGCAACACUAAA